GAAGUUGUGAUUAUGGGUGUUCCAUCGUUUUAUAGAUGGUUACUCAACAAAUAUCCAAAGGCGUUUGAAGACAUUAACCCUAACACAAACACUACAAAUGUGGAAUAUGAUAAUCUUUAUCUUGACAUGAAUUCUAUUAUUCAUCCUUGUUUUCAUCCUAAUGAUGAUGAUAACAACAAUGGUACUCCUCCAACAACAUUUGUGGAAGUGUUUGCAAAUAUGUUUGAGUACAUUGAUCGUCUUGUUACUAUUGCUAAGCCACGCAAGCUAUUGUACAUGGCUAUUGACGGAGUAGCUCCACGAGCAAAAAUGAACCAGCAACGGACUCGACGUUUUAGAAAUGUCAAAGACGAUGAAAUGCGCGAAGUCGAGGAAGAGAGACUAAGGAAGGAAUUUGAAAUGGAAGGCAAACAAGUUCUUCCUAAACAAGAAUGUGAAGUGUCAGAUUCUAACAUAAUAACACCAGGGACAGAUUUCAUGCACCAAAUUUCAAACGCUCUUAAGAGUUACAUUUCUUCAAAGAUAUCCUCUGAUCCUUUAUGGAAGGGUAUUAUGGUAAUUUUAUCUGAUGCUAAUGUUCCUGGAGAAGGUGAACAUAAAGUUAUGUCAUUCAUAAGGAAACAGCGUGGUCUUCCAGAUUAUGAUCCAAACACGGUUCACUGUCUAUAUGGAUCGGAUGCCGAUCUUAUAAUGCUUGGACUGUCAUGCCAUGAACCUCAUUUUUCAAUUCUAAGAGAGGUUAUUUUGGAUCCACCUGAUCGUUAUGAGAAGCUGCCACCAAAUGCUCCAAUGCGGUUCAAGCUCUUGCAUAUUUGGUUGUUGAGGGAAUAUCUUGAGAUAGAAAUGAAGAUAGAAGAUCCUCCCAAAAACUUCGUCUUUGAUCUUGAGCGGAUUGUUGAUGAUUUUAUCUUCAUUUGUUUCUUUUCUGGAAAUGAUUUUCUGCCUCACUUGCCGUCUUUGUAUAUUCAUGAGGAUGCAAUUGAUUUACUUAUGACUGUUUACAAGAAAGAGUUCAGUAAGAUUGGUGGAUAUCUAGUGGACAUAAACAAGAUAGGGGAGAAACAUGGUGCUUAUGUGAAGCUAUCAAGAGUUGAAAAAUUCGUUCUUAUGGUUGGUACAUAUGAAGAAAAAAUCUUCAGCAAAAGAACUGCAAUUAGAGACAAGAAGUUGAGGAGGCUUAUUAGUGAUAAUGAGAAUUCGAAGCAAGAAGAACUUAAUUCACAUGAUUGCAUGGAUUUUGACAAUGAAAAUAGUUCAAAUUGCGCUCUUCGAAUUAAAAAGGCUGAAGCUUCCGACAAUGUUUGUCCACAGUCUGAUGAAGAAAUUUUGAAAAACACAAAGGAUUUGAAAGAGAAAUUAAAGAAAUGCAUAAAAGAUAAAGGGGACUUGUUUAAAAGUGGAGAUUUCUUGACUGACAAGAUUAAAUUGGGAAAUGUUGGCUUUAAAGAGAGAUAUUAUAAAGAGAAGUUUUCUGUGGAAGGCUCCACCAACAUUGAGCUAAAAAGGAAAGAAAUUGUUCAGAAGUACACUGAAGGAUUGCUGUGGGUUCUUCAAUACUACUUUUCAGGAGUUGCUUCAUGGACAUGGUUUUAUCCCUACCACUAUGGUCCAUUUGUUUCCGACUUAAAGGGCAUGGCUCAAGUGAGAGUAAAUUUUGAGAAAGGUGUUCCAUUCUUACCUUUUGAUCAACUUUUAAGUGUUCUCCCUCAAAAGAGUGCUUAUGCACUUCCUAAAGCCUAUGCACAAUUGAUGCUGGAUGAACAGUCGAAAAUAUUUGACUUGUAUUCUCAGGAUUUUGAAAUUGAUAUAGAAGGAAAGCGCUUCAUGUGGCAGGGUGUAUGCAAACUUCCAUAUAUGGACGAAAAAAGACUUUUAACUGAAACCAGAGAACUGAAGAAUGAAUUAUCUGAAAGUGAAGCGAAAAGAAAUUCAGUUGAAGUUGAUAGGUUGUUGGUUAGUGGCACUACCAAGUUAGCAGAAAAAAUUUGCUCACUGAAGUUAAACAAAUUGGAUACAAGCAUAAGCAGCGACGGCAUUGGAGGGAUCAUAAGUCUUUGCCACGAGUGUGUUGAGAACAACAAACAUGAAGAUAUUGUAUUCUGUGUCAAAUACGAGCAUCCUGUUGGUGGUACAAGUCAUGUUCAGCAUCUACUAUGUGGUGUAAACCUUCCCGAAAAGGUAAAAUUUUGUUGGGCAAAUAAUCAAGACAAUUGGAGGAAUUCAAACAAAGAAGGAAAUGUUUCAAAAUUUCACCCUAACUCGACUAGUUUUGGUGGAAGAAGCUUUUCACGAAAUGCACCUCCCGAAUCAAUUCACAAAGGAGCUGGUGUUGGAUGGGGUUCAGGUAGAGGGAAAUCAGAAAGGAUUGAUCACGAGACGAUCAACGAAAGGAUGUCGUCGUUUUCUCCUUUUCAUAAACAACCUAAUGAUCAUGGAGGAUCUUAUCAUCAACACCAACGUUCGCAUGUGCCUUUUGGGAGAGGACGAGGAAGGACUAGUCAGAAUCCGAACAAUGUGUAUGCAUGGAGUGAUUCAAAGGAUAGAAGUCGUUGGUAA